AUGGGUCUGCUUCAGUGCAUCGCCCUUGGCUUUAAGGUGAAUUUGGCCGCCCGCAUGAUGGUGGCCUACCCGGGGGUGGUGUCCUGUGAUGCAGAGACCUGCGCGGCCUCUCGCCUGCCCAGCUACUGCUUCAGAGCGCUACCAAAGAGAAACUUGAAAGGCGUUAUCAGUCCCACCACUGUCUAUCAAUACGUGGGGACCACCGAGAAGCAACAACGUGACGUGGGCGUUGCCGAGGAGAGGUCACCCUAUGGUCCCUUGCUGGGUCGGGAGGCAGAGAUUGACCGCUUUGAAUUCUGCUUGGAGGCCUAUAAGCAUUUGGAAGAACCACACGUCCUGGCAUUUGUGGGCAUUCCAGGCUCUGGAAAGAGCCACUUACUUGCCGAGCUGGCCAUUUUAGGCCGGGCUGCUGGGCACAGGGUCAACGCUGUGGAACUGGCAGAGGAGAACUUGAAGCAGCCCUUCUCUGCCAUCCGUCUGCUGGUGGCCAGGGCACUGGGUCUCCAGGCCGGUGAGACUUGCAGUGACAGGCAGCGCGCCCUGCAGACCGUGCUCCAAGGCACAAUAGAAGAGAGCAGCUAUUGCUUGCUCAACGAUGUUUUCUUAGUGGAGUUUCCCAUCACAGACGAGGUGUGCAGGAUGCGUCACACUGAAUGGAACAGUGCGUUCCACCUGACUUGUACGCAAGUGCUACAGAAGGUGCUUGGAGGGGAAUUUGGCAUAUUUUUCGUCGACAACGCCCACUUCGUGGACUCUGAGUCCUGGUCUAUCAUGUGGCCCCUGCUCCAAAGCGUCACGGUCCUUAUGGUCAUGAGCUUAGCUCCGGGCCGUGACAGAGCAGAGGACAUUUUCAAAGCUGCCACGGACAGCACAACAUCGGAGAGAAUCACCUGUCUUCGUCUGGAAGGGCUGAAAGCUUCAGACGUGGUGCGGAAAGCCUGCCAGGAGCUUGGAGUGCGCAGCAUCCCCAGGGAGCUGGCAAGGUUCCUGAUCCAGAGAAGCUCUGGCAUCCCAUAUUACUGUGAGGAACUGCUGCGCUCCCUGCGUUGCAACAACAUGCUCUUGUUGCACACCGGGAGGCCGAAGGAAGGAGAGGACAGCUGGCAGAGCCUGAUUGCCAAGGCAUCACCCGCUGUCACAGCUGCCUCAAGCCCGGGUACCGGGAGUGACGGAGAAAGGAUGUGUGCCAUCAGACCAGACGUGAACCUGGAGACCUCCAUGCUGCCGUUUGCCUUGAAAGAGAUUGCGCUGGCUGAGCUGGACCGGAUGGAUCUACAGAAGCAGAUGGUUCUGAAGUUUGCAGCCAUCAUAGGGCCGGUGUUUACAACCCAGCAGCUGGUUCACAUCCUUCCCAUCUCUGUAAAUCAGUGGAUUAAUCCACUGCUGGACAUGCUGGUGAAGGACAACAUCCUGAAGCGGCUGAAGAACACAGAGGAGCCGGAAGAUGUGCAAGGUGCUCCAGAGGGGCCGGCCACCUCCGGGCAGGCAGGAAGCGGGGUGGAGAGGCCCUCCGUGAACACGGGGUCCAGAAAACAACAGUCUGACGUCCUGGCCUUCUGCGCCCCACUGCUGUGGGAGGCGACGUACGAGCUGUGGCCCACGAGGGAGAGGGUGAACAUUCACCGCCAGUGUGCCGCCUUCCUGGAGAAGCAUGCGCACAAAUGCCAGAGGUGCCACGGAGGGGACUUUGUGGCCUUCCACCGCUUCGGCGUCUCCAGCCCCCAGAAGCAGGGGAGCUGCCAGGGCUCUGCUGAUGAGGAUGACUGGUGCAGCUGGGAGGCCUUGGUAGUUGCUGGAGAACACCUGAGGAGGGCCAGGACCCACCCUGCAGAGGGCGAGAUUCUGGCAGAGGGCGAGCAGACAACUCUGCGGGCCGAGGACGGUGGCGAGUGCUCCUGCCAGUGCGAAGCCAUCGCCGAAGCAGUGCUUGUGCCCCUGGCUCGCCACUACAGGGCAAUGGGCAGCACUUCCCAGGCCCUCUAUUAUGUGCUGGAGUGUGCGGCUGCCUACCUGCACGUCUCCAACAGCUACAUGGCCCUCAUGAAGCUGAGCGAAGCAGAGGCUCUGAGGAGCUCCGUCAAAAAGGAAAGAAAUGCCAUCGACCGCUUUGAGGAGGCCAUCUUCUUCAGCCUCAAAGGAGAGGUCUGCAGUAACGUGGGAUGUGUGAAGCUGGCCAAGGAAAUGAGCAGGCAGGCGCUGAGACUGCUGGAAAAGCGGUUCCCGCGAACCCGUGCCGGGGCCUUUGUCAAGUCUCUGUGGGAAGGGUUGAAGCGUGCUCCUCAGGCCACAGGCAGAGCGUCCUUCCUUCCCCAGGAGGCUCGGAGGAAGAAGCAAGCCUGGCUGGUUCAGCGGAGCAGAUGCCUCGCCUUGCUCGAGGACCUCUACAGCCAGGAGGGCACAUCUGGCGGACAGAGGUUCUCCCGCCUGGCAGCGCUCAUGAAGGCCAACACGGACAGCAAGAUGCACUCCUAUCAGGCAGCAGACUCACACAUUGGACAAGCCUUGAAUUAAGGAAAAUAGGCUUAGACAACGAGUGCAGACAGCGGGUCUCCUGUUUCUCCAAGUGACACCGUUCAGGUACCCUACGUCUGGAAUGCAGACAGCAGGCUAG